UUGAAUAUAAUAGAUUACCCUUUGAUAUAUGAUAUUACAUUACAAGGCAAAUCUUUAAAUUGAUUUUAACUUUGGAUCAGUUAAAGUGCUUCGCAGCCCACAGCCUUAGUGCACAAUAGAAAAUGGACAAACAGCUGUCCGUCCAAUAAAACAACUUCAAAACAUUUAUAGAUGUACUUAUAGUUUUACAGCCGUAUGUCUUCUAUCAUAGACCUACGCAUAAAGUUUUAUCUUCCAUUAUCAAUAAAGUUUAUCCGUUAUUGUUUGGGAAAUUAAAUUGUCUUGUAGCUUAAGAUCCUCAUUCCAAUAUUAAUAAAUCGGAGUAGGUUUUUAAUGGUGUGAUGAGCCAAGUUUAUUACGGAACAUUUCAUUUUUGGAACGUAAACCUGGCGCAGCGCGAUGUCUCUGUCAGUGUCCCAUCGCGUCCUGUCUUGGUCUGUAAAACUGCCCCUCGUCUUGCUCUGCGUGCCCCCCCCCCCCUCUGGGCUGUGUGCUCUCCCAUGCCCGCCAUGGCUCUGCUUUGUGCUGCUGUUGGCUGUGUGCUGGUGGCUCAGUGUGCUGUCUCCUGUGUGGGGGACUCAGGGAUGAAGAUCAGUACCUCCUGCGUCACUCCAGCCCCGCCCUGGACCCUGACUCCCCCUGCGGACAACACAUGAUGCUGGUUCACUUGGACCACCAGGACAAGGAGCAGCUCCAGUGCACCCUGGCCCGUCUGGAGAAUGAGAACAGGGUGCUGCAGGGCGAGUACAGGCGGCUCAAGUGGAAGCACGAAGAAGCAGCGUCGGUCCCCAUGCUGACCGAGGCUGGGGAGGACGGCCCGGGUUCACCCACUGCAGAGGGGCAGCAGGACGAGGAGCUCCUGGCCGAGGCUCGGGUCCUCCGGCAACACAAGACGCGCCUCGAGACCCGCAUGCAGAUCCUGGAGGACCACAACAAACAGCUGGAGUCGCAGCUGCACCGGCUCAGGGAGCUACUGCUACAGCCCAAAGAUGAUUCCGAGGCCAACGGUUCAGAGCCGUCAACCCUCUCGUCCCCCGUGUCUGGAGGGGGCCACCACGGGGAGCCGGCCAGCAGAGAGACCACCGACACUGAAGCAGCAGGAGACGACAUGGAGCAGGACACGGUGCUGCAGCUCCAGGAGGUCAUCGAGCAGCUGAGAAACGUCUUCCCCUCGGAACCGGGCACCACCUCACACAUUUAAACCCUGAGUGGGCCUGGAGGAGCAAAGAGACAGCCUGAUGGCAGCGGAGCGGGGCAGGGGGGGGGGGGAGCUCCACACAGCUGAGGUCAGGCCCCUGCGACCACAGCAGCAGCAGCAGCAGCAGCUAUGACACCCAGAGCUAACCCUCCACUGGAACUCACUGCACUAAAAGCCUUUUCCAUGCGAACAAUGCUAAAGGGCCACGCUGAUGUCCAAUGCGGCCGGGGGGGUGCUCAGCGGCCUGACGCCACGUCCACGAGCCACAGGAAACUGGAGCGUCAGCGGCAGGUCAGGGGGAGACUGGAGUCAAGGACACUGUGCUUACCAGUGUCUGUGUAGUCGUUGGGAGGUGUGAAGCUUUAUCUCAGUCCACAGCACAAAUUGGACCUUCCAUUUAAAAGAACUUGAAAACAAAUGCAAAAAGAAAUAAGGAGGAUUUCCCUUUUUUGUUUAUGUCAGAAUGCCUGUAUCUUC